AUGGGAUCAAAUAUUCAUAGUUACUGCUUUCUACGCGCUCGCAAAAGUUUGUUCUUUCUGCUACGGAGUCAAUAUCAGUCUCCCGGUGCCAGGUACUCCACAAAAAGUGGUGAUCGUCGUGUAGUGGUAACUGGGUUGGGAGUAGUGUCACCAGUUGGUUGCGAUGUGGAAACGGCUUGGCGAACAAUUCUUUCGGGCCAGUCAAAGAUUGGCCGAUUGGCUGGCGAAACAUACGAUAAGCUUCCGUGCCGUGUAGCCGCUACCAUCCACACCGACCAGAUCGAUUUAGAAAAAUGUUUCUCCAAAACAGAGCUGAAAACGAUGGCACGGGCUACCGCUUUUGCACUAAUCGCCGCCAAAGAAGCGCUUUCGAUGGCAGGAUGGACACCACCGAAUGAGGACGAAGAAUCCUGCCAACGUACCGGUGUUGCUAUUGGAAUGGGCAUGGUAGAUCUGAUGGACAUUUGCGAGACGAACGAAGCGCUCAAGAAGGGUUACAAUCGGGUCAGUCCCUUUUUCGUUCCACGCAUUUUGCCCAACAUGCCAGCGGGCCAGCUUAGCAUACGGUACGGGUUCCGGGGACCUAAUCAUGCUGUAUCCACGGCAUGUGCAACGGGAGCACAUGCGAUAGGUGAUGCUUUUCGCUUCAUACAGCAUGGCGAUGCGGACGUAAUGGUGUGCGGCGGUGCAGAAGCAUGCAUCAGUCCACUGGGCAUCGCCGGAUUCUGCCGGCUGCGGGCACUAAGUACGGCGUUUAAUGAUGAACCGACCGCUUCAUCUAGACCGUUUGACGAGCGUCGUGAUGGAUUUGUAAUGGGUGAGGGAUCUGCUAUUUUUGUGCUGGAAGAGUUGCAACAUGCCAAACGCCGUGGUGCUCCAAUAUAUGGUGAGAUCCUUGGUUACGGGCUGUCUGGCGACGCGUCUCAUCUAACAGCACCGCGGGAAGAUGGCACAGGAGCACUCUUGGCGAUGCGGCGAGCAAUUGCCGAUGCGGGCAAAACAGUGGCCGACAUUGGAUACGUUAACGCCCAUGCCACAUCCACCCCGAUCGGUGAUGCCAUAGAAGCUCGCUCGAUAAGAACACUUUUCGGUGAACAUAUCCGAUCGGUCGCUGUAUCUUCGACGAAGGGCGCCCACGGACAUCUGCUCGGUGCUGCAGGUAACUUGGAAGCGUUGUUCGUUUUGAUGGCAUGCAAACAUGGUGUGUUACCUCCGACUGUUAAUUUGCACAACGUGACGGAUGAUAUGGCCGGCUUGCAUUAUGUGGCCAACAGCUCGGAACCUUGGGAAGGUAAUCGACGACGAAUCGCGCUAAAAAACUCGUUCGGCUUUGGUGGUACCAACGCUUGCCUCUGUAUUGGUGAAUACAGCGAAUAAACUGUGGCUUAUGAAUGAUUAUG